AUGUUUGGAGGUCAGAAUGAUCCACUCAUGAUGGUCCAGCAACUCAGAGCUUUUGGUCAAUGGGAACAAGAGAGAGAAAUUUUAAAUCAAAUGAUUGAUGAACAAGGCAAAGGAAACGAUCCAUUAAUACUUCGUUUGAGAGCCGAAGCCAAUCUUAAUCUUGGUAAUCCAGAAGAUGCUCUCGAUGACCUCGAACAAGCCUUCGACCAUGAUCCUGAUAGCACCGAAAUGAAAAACAUUAACAUGCUUGCCGCUACUGCACACAUUCAGCUCGGAAAUUCAGAGGAAGCUCACAGGUACGCCCUUCAAGCAGAUGAUUCAAAUCUCAUUACUCAGACAACUGAAAUGGCUAAAGUCAUCAAACAGUCAGACGAACUCUACGAAGAGGGCAAGUACCUCGAAUGCGCUAAAAUUUUGGACAGAAUCCUCACAGCUUGUUCUCAUGCAACUUCAUUGAUCUAUCGCCGCCUUGAUAUUGCAUGGAGACUUGGCCAGAGCAAAGUUUACGAAGAGAAAGCCAAGAAGCUCGUUAACCAGUAUCAAGAUGAUACAGAUUUAUACUUCAAAUACGGUGUUUCCAUGAUAUGCAAUGGAAAAUUCGCCGAUGGAAAGAGAUACCUUAACAAGGCAAAGAACAUGGAGAAUCCCCCUGAAAAUAUUUCCACUUACACACAGAUUGCAUCGAAAGUUAACACAUAUUUAACAGAUGUCCAAAAGAACAUCGACAGACAGCAAUACGACAAUGCGACAAACCUUCUCGAUGAAUUCUACAACAUUUCCAGCCAGAUUUGCACAUCAAAUGCCGGAAUUAUGGCAAAAUAUAAUUUCAUUCGUGGAAAAUUGCUUAUUAAGCAAGACAAGAAGGACGAUGCUAUCGAGCUUCUUAACAAGGCCAUAGAAGUCGAUCAAGAAAACGCAGAUUACAUUCUUUUCCGCGCAAAUCUUCUUCUCAAAAUGAAAGAAUACGAUGCCGCCAUUUUCGACCUUACACGAGUCCAGCGAUUACGUCCCCAUGAUGGUGCCGUUCGCAAGGCUCUCCUCCAAGCCCAGGAAGAGAAAAAGAAGGCAAAUACUGUAGAUUAUUACGCAAUUAUCGGCGUAGACAGAUCGGCCACUCCAAAUCAGAUCAAGGACACAUACAGGAGACUCGUCCGCAAAUGGCAUCCAGACCAAUUCCCAGACAAGAAGCAGAAAGCAGACGCAGAAGCCAAAAUGAAGGAAAUAAACUACGCUUACGAACUACUCAUGGACCCAGGAAAGAGGAAGUACUACGAUAACGGAGGUGACAUGGAACAAUAUGUCCCUGGCGCUGAAAACAUGAUGGGCGGAAAUAUGGGUGGACCAAUGGGCGGAGGAAUAGAGGAAAUCCUCAGAGCAAUGUCUCAGGGAGGUGGAGGAUUCCAGUUUGUAAUGAAUGGUGGCCAACAGGGUGGUGGCGGCCAACAAUUUAUCAUCUUCCAGUAA